CAAUACCGCCUCCCUACCAACCACCCCUCCCCUUCAUUUCUGGAUCUACCACUUCGCUCGCCAUCCAUUACCCCCAAAAACUCCGAUCUGCACUUUUCAAGAUACAGGAUUCCUUUACCCUAUUUGGUUCUCUAUCUCAUCAAUUCCCUUCUAAAGCAUCUUUACUUGUCUUAUUACCAGUUGGACAAGAAGUGGAAAGACCCCGUCGCGACUUGCUUUGUGGGGCGUCACUCAAGUUUGACCGGUUUUCCACGCUAGCACAGUAGGGCCAAACAUCGCUUGGCCCUCUUUCGACUUCUUCCACCUUUUCCCUCAUCAUCAUCAUUCCAUUUCAAGAUACCCUUCCUCCCCUCCCACCACUCUCCAUCCUUGGGCUAUAUCUUCCCAGGAGGAUUCCACGUGUUAUUCAAAUACCUCUGCACCCUUUAAUUCUCUAUUCACGCGUGUUUUCGACUCCGACUCGCAGAGACUUCGCGAGUCCUCUUAAUAUCAACAUCAUCUUGUAUGCGUCGUGACUCGCGACUCGUCCCAUCCUAACUCCUCUGAGCAGCUGCCAUUGCCUUCUGGCGAGUGUAGCUUCCUCAGGGUAACUACAUUUUCACGCGUGACUAUCAGGCUCGCCCUUUCCUUUUCUCUCAACACGUCCGCCUUUUCCCUCCCUCUUUCUUGAGACUACCACAAUGCCUGUGGCCCGUAGCCUCCGCUCCCGAGGCACCAUGAAUGAGAACGACGAGAACGGCCCUUCCACGCGUAUGACGCGGGCCAAGGCCGCGCUCAACACCGACGGUCCUGCCGAUGCCGUCAAGAAGCCUCUGCAGACCAAGCGGGCUACGACGACCACCAGCGGUACUCAGCGUCCCCGUGCCGCCCUGGGAGACGUCAGCAAUGUCAACAAGGUCGAUGCCGCGGAACUCAAGGGUGCAAAGAAGGCUGUCGCCGGUAAGGCCGGUUUGACCUCCAAGGCAACCACUCAGACUGGUGGUGUUCAGAAGCUCAGCCGCAACAACUCAUCACGAACCACUGCCCUGCAGCCUCGCGAUCCCAACCCGAAGAAGCCAGCCAACAAGCGCCCCAAGGUCGAGAAGGGCGAGCAGCAGGAGCCACCUCAUAAGAAGGGGAAGAUCGAGGUUGAGAACAAGAUCAAGGAUGAGCCUGUUGGGCAGGAUGUUGGCUUGGGUCCCGACGUGGUGGACCUUGAUACUGAGGACCUCGAUGACCCCUUGAUGGCUGCCGAGUAUGUGGUGGAGAUCUUCGACUACCUGCGCGACCUUGAAAUGACCACCCUGCCCAACCCUGACUACAUCGACCACCAACCCGAUUUGGAGUGGAAGAUGCGCGGAAUCCUGGUCGACUGGUUGAUUGAGGUUCACACUCGCUUCCGUCUCCUUCCCGAGACUCUGUUCCUCGCUGUCAACAUUAUUGAUCGUUUCCUGUCGGCCGAGGUUGUGGCCCUGGAUCGUCUCCAGCUUGUUGGUGUCACUGCCAUGUUCAUUGCCUCCAAGUAUGAAGAGGUUCUGUCUCCCCACGUCGCCAACUUCAGCCACGUCGCCGAUGAGACCUUCUCCGACAAGGAGAUUCUCGAUGCCGAGCGCCACGUCCUCGCCACCCUCGAGUACAACAUGAGCUUCCCCAACCCUAUGAACUUCCUGCGUCGCAUCUCCAAGGCGGAUAACUACGACAUUCAGACUCGUACCCUGGGCAAGUAUCUCAUGGAGAUCAGCCUGCUCGACCACCGUUUCAUGAGCUACCCUCAGAGCCACAUCGCUGCCGCGGCCAUGUACCUGGCACGCCUCAUCCUGGAGCGUGGACCCUGGGAUGCCACUCUAGCCCACUACGCCGGAUACACCGAACAGGAGAUUGACCCGGUCUUCCGCCUGAUGAUUGACUAUCUUCACCGGCCUGUCUCCCACGAGGCUUUCUUCAAGAAGUAUGCCAGCAAGAAGUUCUUGAAGGCCUCCAUCCUGACCCGUCAAUGGGCCAAGAAGUAUCACUCGAUGUACAUUGAGAGCUCCACCACGGAGCCGUACACUUUCAUCAAGGAUAGCGAACAGUAAUGAUGCCAUUUACGAUGUUAUGCUAGCCCUGUGUCGGCUCUGUCGUUGUCCUUCAUGACGAUCCCAAGGCCCUCGAGACACUGCGACCAGGGAACUUCGAAUUCCUCCAUAUUUUGGCAUUUCAUUGUGCUGGUAUCAAUUACCUCUUUGCAUAUUCUUAACGAUGACUUGAUUGAUUUGUGCGCUCUUCGGCAUUUGUCUUUUGUGACGGGUGGUGUUCGGCGCUCAGCCUUGUGGUACUGUUUGACUUCGGCUUGUGUGGUUUUUUUUUUCUUCUGCGUCUUGUUUGCAUGGGGUGCCCCGUCUCUCACCUACCCUGAUACCUUCCCAUUCUUCCUUAUUCGCGUUUGUGUGAUUGGCGUCGGACUUUUAUCUUAUCAUUUUCUUCUUUCUUCCAGUUCUUUUUCAAGAUCGGAAUAUGACCUUUUUUCGCACCCUUGGAUUUUGUCUUCAUUACUUGGGUCUCUUUUUCUCCACUGCUGUUAACCAGGUGGUUCUGCCGACUCCAGUGGCUUUUCUUUUGGUGGGAACAAAAAGGGGUUGGCUUGAUCUUUGAGGGUCUCUUGUCAUCUGGAAGGUUCAGGUUGGUGAGGAUGAAGGAGUCUUCCCCACGGAUACUAGGUGGAUUGGUUUGGAAGGAUGGGUUAAUUAUUGUCAAGGUUGUGUUCUGGCUGGGGUCUUUCCUAGAUUAGUUUUGUUCUGCGCUGGGUGCCUGGCGUGGCUUUUGGAUGCAAUUCUGAUCUUCUUUUUUGAUUCUCGCGUCUGUCUUUAAUUUGGGGGAGGUGUACAUAGGCGUCUUCUCUUCUGGAUCGGAUGCGCAGAAAAGGUCUUUUGAAUGAAUCUUUGUCUGAUUAAACUUUGUGAUUGGCCAACGUCCAUUUAGACUUAGCCGAGGUUCGUCCCUUGCAACGGACAACUGCCUGACUGACGGCAUGACUCCU